UUGGUGUAGAAGCCAACGCCAGUUCUCACACAGUUGAGGAGAGAAUUCUUCUUUGCCAGACGUUUGAGGCAAAUGAUUUGUACCAGGGGCAGAACUUUAACAAGGUCCUCAGCUCCUUAGUGACCCUAAAUAAGGUGACAGCAGACAUCGGCCUGGGGAGCGACUCCGUGUGCGCGCGGCCCUCUUCGCACCGCAUCAAGUCCUUUGACUCCUUGGGGUCCCAGUCUUCACACAGCCGGACUUCACAGUUGUUCCAGAGCCAGUACCGGAGUUUGGACAUGACGGAUAACAGCAACAAUCAACUGGUAGUCAGAGCCAAGUUUAACUUCCAGCAGACUAACGAAGAUGAGCUGUCCUUCUCGAAGGGCGACGUCAUCCACGUCACGCGAGUGGAGGAAGGAGGCUGGUGGGAGGGCACACACAACGGCCGGACCGGCUGGUUCCCCAGCAACUACGUGCGUGAGAUCAAGCCAAGUGAGAAGCCGGUCUCCCCCAAAUCAGGGGCACUGAAGAGCCCUCCCAAAGGUUUCGACACGGCUGCCAUUAACAAGAGCUAUUACAAUGUGGUGCUACAGAAUAUUUUAGAAACAGAAAACGAAUAUUCUAAAGAACUUCAGACUGUGCUUUCAACCUACCUGCGGCCGUUGCAGACCAGUGAGAAGUUGAGUUCAGCCAGCACUUCACAUUUAAUGGGAAACCUAGAAGAGAUCUGCUCCUUCCAGCAGAUGCUCGUACAGUCUCUAGAAGAAUGCACCAAGUCGCCCGAGGCCCAGCAGCGAGUGGGAGGCUGCUUUCUGAACCUGAUGCCGCAGAUGAGGACCCUGUACCUCGUGUACUGUGCCAACCACCCGUCUGCUGUGAGCGUCCUCACCGAGCACAGUGAGGAGCUUGGGGAGUUCAUGGAGACAAAGGGCGCCAGCAGCCCUGGGAUCCUUGUGCUGACCACUGGCCUGAGCAAGCCGUUCAUGCGCCUGGACAAAUACCCUACGCUGCUCAAGGAGCUGGAGAGACACAUGGAGGAUUAUCAUCCUGAUAGACAAGAUAUUCAGAAAUCUAUGACUGCCUUCAAAAAUCUGUCGGUCCAGUGUCAAGAAGUCCGGAAAAGGAAAGAGCUUGAGUUGCAGAUCCUGACGGAGUCCAUCCGGAGCUGGGAGGGAGACGACAUCAAGACGCUGGGCAGUGUCAUUUACAUGUCGCAGGUCAUGAUUCAGUGUGCAGGGAGUGAGGAAAAGAAUGAACGAUACCUUCUCCUCUUCCCAAGUCUCCUGUUAAUGCUGUCGGCCAGUCCCAGGAUGAGCGGCUUCAUUUACCAGGGGAAGCUACCAACAACAGGAAUGACAAUCACAAAGCUUGAGGACAGUGAAAAUCAUAGAAAUGCAUUUGAAAUAUCAGGAAGCAUGAUUGAGCGCAUCCUCGUGUCUUGCAACAACCAGCAGGACCUGCACGAGUGGGUGGACCACCUGCAGAAGCAGACGAAGGUCACGUCCUCGAGCAACCCCACCAUCAAGCCCCACUCCGUGCCGUCUCACACCCUUCCCUCGCACCCUGUCACACCGUCCAGCAAGCACGCGGACAGCAAGCCCGUGUCGCUGAUGCCCGCCUACCACACGCUGCCCCACCCCUCCCACCACGGCACCCCACACACCACCAUCAGCUGGGGUCCCCUGGAGCCCCCGAAGACCCCCAAGCCCUGGAGCCUCAGCUGCCUGCGGCCUGCGCCCCCUCUGCGGCCCUCAGCUGCACUCUGCUACAAGGAGGAUCUCAGUAAGAGCCCCAAGACCAUGAAGAAGCUGCUCCCGAAGCGCAAACCUGAGCGGAAGCCUUCGGAUGAAGAGUUCGCCUUGCGGAAGAGCACGGCUGCUCUGGAGGAGGAUGCCCAGAUCCUGAAAGUCAUUGAAGCUUAUUGUACAAGCGCCAAGACGCGGCAGACGCUCAACUCAACAUGGCAAGGCACUGACCUGAUGCAUAAUCACGUCUUGGCCGACGACGACCAAUCAAGUCUAGACUCCUUGGGUCGUCGCAGUAGCCUUUCUCGUUUGGAGCCCUCAGACCCCUCGGAAGACUCUGAGUAUGACAGUAUAUGGACAGCCCAUAGUUACAGAAUGGGUUCAGCAUCUCGUUCACGCAAAGAGUCCGCUCCCCAAGUUCUGCUUCCAGAAGAGGAGAAAAUCAUAGUGGAAGAGACCAAAAGCAAUGGCCAGACCGUGAUCGAGGAGAAGAGCCUUGUGGACACUGUGUACGCACUGAGGGACGAAGUCCAAGAGCUGAGGCAGGAUAACAAAAAGAUGAAGAAGUCGCUUGAGGAGGAGCAGAGGGCCCGCAAAGACCUGGAGAAGCUGGUGCGUAAGGUACUGAAGAACAUGAACGACCCUGCCUGGGAUGAGACCAAUCUGUGAAGAUGACCUUCGCUGCCACCGGUGGGGCAGGCCCAGGCGGGGCGACACUGGGGCCUGAGUAUCACGAAGAACCCACCCCUGAGGAGUAGACCUUGAGGACUCGAGCUGCUGGACCUCGGCCAGCAUCGGUUACCCCAGUGGCAAUCAGUGCAGUGACGGCCAGCUCUCCGUUGAAUCUAUAAACAUACUCUAUGCACCCGUCUCGUAAAUACCACUUUGAAUGUGUGUCCACAGUUGUAUGUCUGGGCUAACCUCCCAUAGGAUUCUCUUCCCACUAACCUCUAGUCACGGUUGUGCCCUAGGCUGGCACCCGACCUGUGCCCACCACCUCAGUCUCUGCAGCACUCUGAGCGCCAUGCAGGCCUGUGGUGUGGCCUUGUGUGCGUUGCGAAUCCCCACCGAGAGCACGGAUUGGCCUGUGUCCUGCAGCCAGGUGAGGGCAGUGCCUGCGGAGGGCCAUCCACUUGGGUCCGUGGAGAGCAGCAGCCCCGUCCUGCUGCAGUAUCCGCUCCCAGGUCUCUUCCGGAUGUGGGUCCUGGGUGCGCUCACAGCCCUGCAGGGAUCAUGCAGACUUUCUGUGUGGGCUCCUGGAUGAUCCUGACAAAGCGCACGGUCCAUCCUCCCCCAAGAGAGAACUAGACCUGUACAUAAAAUGUUAUUUAUUAAGCUCAAGCAGCCAACGAGAACGCGGCAGGCUGGGAGCAGUGCCUGUGGAUGGGCUGUGCCCCUGCGGUUGCCACUGGGCAUGGCUACACACAUACCCCCACUGGACCUCACCUUCCUUUGCGUGGAGAUAAAGCAAUAUGCCCCUCAGGUUCAGCCAAGUCCUGGCGGCCCGGACAUGGGACUGCACAUGUCCCUGUCCACAGGAGGCUGUCCUGCCCGCCUCCUGGCCCGAGGCUCUGGAGAAUGUGUAUUGGCUAAGGUCCAGCCGUGGGCCAGGACUUGAUUCUGCUUUGGAAGUGAGUGAUGUGACUGUGAGAACAGAGCUGUGGUCUCCUUCCCUUCCAGAGGGGCAGCUCGGAGGUGGGAUCAGCCUCUCCCCAGGGCACUGGCUUCCGUAGCAGAGCUGUGGCCCUGUGUGGUGGGUCACCUGUGCCCCAGGCCAGCGCCGCCUCAGGGCCCUUUGCAUGCAGGUCUGCGUUUGGAGACCUCUGGCAGGGCGCCUUGGACAGAGUUGUUUUUUAAUUUUUCUCCACACACUGCUGCUGACGGCCCCUUGCCCAUUCUGGGCCAGAUCUGGCUGGGUCCCGCGUCAAACAGGCCCAGCAUCGGCCUCGCUAGAAUUGCCACCUUCCCGCAGUUAGUGUUUAACUGCUUGUGCUGGGACAAGUGAAGACCAAGUCUGUCUCUCUUCUAUGAGCCCUGUUUCCACAAGUGUUUUGGUGGCGCGUGGAUGCUGCAGUGGAAACCGUGAGGUUGGAGUGAUUUGUCACCAGAGCAGAUUCUAACUCAGGAACAACUCUUCUUGACCUUUCCAUGGCCGGUGGCGUGGCCACUGUAUCCCGGCACAAUGUCCUGUGGACCUGCCUUAAGACUAGCUGAAGUAUUUCACGAGAACACAAGUUUUUUUAACAUCGCUGUUGCAAGUGGCCACUAAGGUCGGAUGCGGAUGUGUUCGUUGCGUUCUUCCCUCAGAGCCGUGUCUUCCGGGCUCCCUGGGGAGCCGAGCAUCUGUGAUCAGUUCUUACACACCUGCCGCUGUACCCUGUCCCCUUUGCCGCACGACCUCCGAGGGGCGGGAGUGUGAUGCCGUGAAGGGCGGUGCAGGGCGCUCUGCACCCAGGGUUGCUCCUUGGCACUCGCCCUGCAGGGAUGGGCAGAAGCCAUUUCCUAUCCCGCAGCUGUGAAGCACUUUCUAAAGAUGCUGUGAAGCAUCCUCUGGACCGCGCAGCCGGGUCAGCCCGGUCUGCUCUCCCGCACGCCAGGCCGCCUGCUUCCUGGAGACAUCCAUGUCGCAGCCCUUGGCCUGGUGUUGACUCCUCUGAUGUGUGUGCUAUGUCGAUGUAAUUAUUAAACCGGUUAUUUUUCUUAUUUCACAAA